UGAUUGAUUUGCUUCAAACUAUGGAAAGCAAACAGGUGAAGAGUUCAAGGGUCUUGGUGGUCGAUUCAGUCAAAUCAUGGGAGCAAAUAAUGGCCCAAGCCCAGAUCCAACCAUGCCCGAUGGUAGCCCAUUUCACAGCAGACUGGUGUGUGCCCUCCAAGUUCAUGGCAGGUUUCUUUGAAGAUCUGGCACUCAAGUACCCAGACAUUCUGUUUCUCUCAGUUGACAUGGAUGAUGCCAAGAAUGUUGCAGAGAAAUUGAAUGUGAAGGCUAUGCCCACCUUUUUGUUUAUCAGGGAAGAAAAUCAGGUGGUGGACAAAAUAGUGGGAGCCAACACAGAAGAGCUAUUUAGAAGGGUGCUUCUUUUUGCACAAACUGCCCGUCGCCAUUCUCAUGCCUGCUAAAUUUAUCUUCCUGCUGAUGUGUACCAGCACUAAAGUAUAUAUGCUGUUUUGUUAUAUUGUUUUCUGAUCUUUGUAAGUAAGUUGUAAUUAUGACUUCAGUUUAAAUAAAGUUGGAAAGAAAUGAACUGUAAGUAAAUAUGGUGAAUUCAAAAGAUUAUGUAUUUACAAAAUGGAUGAGAAAAAUAUGGUGUUCUAAUUGAACAGGAUGUACUAAAUAUGGUGUUAUAAUUGAAU